AUGUUAGAGAUAUUGGCCCAGACGAGAAACCCACAGGCGGUGCAACCUCAUCUCAGAAAGUGCUUCGACGCCAUCCAAAGUUUAGAAUUCGCUGGCGUGUCAGUAGAAGCACUGGAGAAUGUGUCGGUGACGAACGAGAUACUGAGCAUGGUGUCCCCGGAGGGAGAGAAGGUUGCCUUCGGAAAGGGCUUGAAAGCCCGCGGGCAUGUUGAAGAUUGGUUGGGCAAAGUGGAGGAAGCGAUGGUCAUAACUAUUAGAAAGUUGUUCUCGCAGGCAAUUUCACAGUACAUGAUGCCUAAUAAAGAAACAUGGAUCACCACCAACAUAUCUCAGGUAGUACUAACAGUCUCGCAGUGCAUGAUGUGCAAGGAUAUGACCGACUUGAUGGAGAGGAAGGGUGACAAGGUGGGUCCACUGAAGGAGAUGGAACUGAGAGCCGUGACGGGCCUAAACAAGUUGGCGAGUUUAGUUCGCGGAAAGUUGGAGCCGCUGGACAGGGCGACCGUCUGCACCCUCAUAACCGUUGACGUACAUGCCAGAGAUAUAAUUAGUGAGAUGGUUAGGAAUCGGGUCUUCAAGGCUGACAUGUUUGAGUGGAAGAAACAGCUGAGAUACUACUGGGACAAAGACGAGGAGAACAUGAUAGUGCGAAUGUCCAACUCGUCAUACUCGUACGGAUGCGAAUACAUCGGCAACUCACCGAGGCUCGUCAUCACACCGCUCACUGACCGCUGUUACUUAUGCCUGAUGGGGGCCCUUCAGUUAGACUUAGGGGGUGCCCCGGCAGGCCCUGCAGGAACGGGUAAAACAGAAACGACGAAAGAUUUGGCUAAGGGCCUGGCCAAGCAGUGUGUUGUAUUCAAUUGCUCGGACGGCCUGGACUAUUUGAUGAUGGGUAGAUUUUUCGCCGGUCUGGCACAGUCUGGGGCCUGGUGCUGUUUCGAUGAAUUCAACCGGAUCGACAUCGAGGUCCUGUCGGUGAUCGCCCAGCAGCUCCUCACUAUUAGGAACGCCAAACUGGCCAAGGUUGCGAGGUUCAUGUUCGAAGGGCGCGAGAUCAAGUUGAUUCCGUCAUGUGCGGCCUUCGUCACGAUGAACCCUGGCUAUGCCGGCAGAACCGAGCUCCCGGAUAACUUGAAAGCACUCUUCAGACCAUUCUCCAUGAUGGUCCCUGAUUAUUGUUUGAUAGCAGAGGUGAUUCUCUACUCGGAAGGAUUCGAAUCGUCGAAGAACCUCGCCCAAAAGAUGACGCAAAUGUACAAGUUGUGUUCAGAGCAGCUCUCCCAGCAAGAUCAUUACGACUUCGGCAUGAGGGCCUUGAAGUCUGUUCUGGUGACGGCUGGCUCGUUGAAGAGGCAGAACCCGGAUAAGAAUGAGGACGUCGUUCUUAUCCGUGCACUCAGAGAUUCAAACCUUCCCAAGUUUACGAAGGACGAUGCUGUUUUGUUUGAGGCAAUUUUGCAAGACCUCUUUCCAGGAGUUGAAAUUCCAGAGCAUAACUACGGUUUCCUAGAGACUGAAAUUCAAAAUGUGAUGACUCAGAGGGGGCUUCAAUGCGUGGCCAGUCAGGAAAAAAAGGUCAUUCAGCUGUAUGAGACCAUGCUGGUCAGGCAUGGCGUCAUGUUGUUAUUAGCGGACGUGUGCAUGAGUUUGAAGGACAGCAACUCCGGUAGCACAUCAACAUCCGCACCGGUCGAUUACUUCUUUCGAAACGUUAAAAUGUUUGUCCUCAACCCGAAGUCCAUCAACAUGGGCGAGUUGUACGGCCAGGUGGAUAGGUUGACACUUGAGUGGAUGGACGGCUUGAUGGGGAUCACCAUUAGGCAGGCUGUCCAGGAUACAUCAGACAGCCACCAGUGGGUCAUAUGCGAUGGACCUGUGGAUGCAUUGUGGAUUGAGAACAUGAACACGGUCCUAGAUGACAACAAGAUGCUCUGCCUGGCUAACAGCGAACGAAUCAAAUUCACUCCACACAUACACAUGAUCUUCGAGGUUCAGGAUCUGGCAGUUGCUUCACCGGCUACUAACUGCAAGCAUCCUUUUCCAGCCGAAGCCUACGAUUAUUUGCACAGCUUGUUUGAGAGGCACGUCGGUGAUGGUCUGAAGUUCAUUAAGAAGUACUGCCAUGAAAUUAUACCGCAGGUAGACAUAAGCAAAAUUACAACAAUGUGCAAACUAUUCGAGACUUUGAUGCUGAAGAACAAGGAUGUAGAUUACAGAAUCGACCUAUCGAAGUUACUGAAUCUGGUUAGUGGAACUUUCGUCUGGUGUUAUCUUUGGGCUGUUGGCGGGAACAUUUCUGAGAACGAUUGGGACUCGUUCGAUUCCUUCAUCCGGUCCCAGUUUGACGAGGACACUAACUCCAAGCUGCCUGUAUCAGGAGAUCUCUGGAGUCAGAGGAUUGAUUUUGUCCUACGACGAAUGGAGCUCUGGGAUAAAGUGGUCCCGCUCUUCAAGUACAGCAAAGAAGUUCCAUUUUUUGAGAUUCUUGUGCCAACGGUGGACACAGUGCGGUUCUCGUACCUGCUGGACAAGUUGGUGUCCGCUAAUCAGUGCGUCCUCUUCACCGGACAGACUGGAGUUGGGAAGUCAGUAGUGGCACGCGGUGGUCUGUUAAGCAUGUCUCAGCACAAAAAGUACUCCAGCAUCUUCUUCAACUUCUCCGCCCAGACGACCAGUGCCAGGUUGCAGGAAAUGCUGGAAAGCAAGAUGGAGAAAAAGAGGAAGAACAUUCUUGGAGCGCCAAACGACCGCAGGAUGAUAUUGAUGGUGGACGACCUGAACAUGCCCAAGUACGACACCUACGGCUCGCAGCCUCCCAUCGAGUUGUUGCGGCAGAUGAUUGACUGUGGCGGCUUCUACGAUAGGCAGAAGUUGUUCUGGAAGGAGCUGCAGGACCUAACGAUAUGUGCGGCGUGCGGUCCUCCAGGCGGCGGUAGAAACAACGUGACGCCACGUCUGCUCAGACACUUCAGCAUUUUGGCGCUACCCUGUCCGUCUGAACAUUGCCUCAAAACUUUAUUUACCUUGGUUCAGUUCAUGUUGGAGUUGAACGUGAGAAGCACGUUUUAUAAGACCGCAUGGAACAAUGUGUUGAAUCGAUUGAUUUUUUUUCAUUAUAAGGCGAUAUUAGGUGGAUUUUUCAUGGAGUAUCCUUUGAAGAUCCGUAUGAUGCAGGCAGAUUUCAACGUGAUGCGUGAGGCCAAGCAGUUCUACCGCCUGUUCUACCACGAGGCUCUGAGGGUUUUUCACGACAGAUUAGUAGACGACACCGACAAGAGAACCUUCUACCAUCUCCUCUCCGACGUCACAUCUCGAUUGUUUACUGAGGAGACGAUGACAGAGCAGGAUUUUGAGACGCAGUCGAUAAUAUUUGGAGAUUUCAUUAAGAUCGGCCUACCCAAGGAGGAGAGAGUUUACGAUGAUCUCACAAAUAAUGACAAAAUUAAAUCUGUUUUGAAGGAUGUGAGUUUUUUUUCUGUGUGUGUGUGUGAGUAUGUGUGUGAGUGUGUAUGCAAGCGGCCAAAGAGACUGGCAUUCAGGAAAAUAAUAGAGAUGCCAUUUUUCAGUUUUUCAUCAAUAGAGUCAGUUCUAUGUAUGAGUCCAGUGGGCAGUUCAUUCCGAACGAGAUGUCGCAUGUUUCCAUCUCUGGUCAACUGCUGCACCAUCGACUGGUUUGUCCAGUGGCCGAAAGAGGCGCUGCUCAGUGUAUCCAAUCAGGCUUUCGAGGGCGUGGAACUCAUUGAUGAAGAUUUGAAGAGCAACAUAGCGAGGAUGUGCGUCGAGAUUCACACGAGUGCCUCCGAAUCAGCUGAGAAGUUCUACGAGGAGCUGAGACGCAGGUACUACACGACACCGACCAGCUACUUGGAACUCAUCAACCUCUAUGUCGCCAUGCUCGCUGAUAAGAAGAAGCAGUUGGUGGGCGCACGGGAGAGAGUGAAGAACGGACUGUCGAAGUUGCUGGAGACGAAUGAACUGGUUGACAAGAUGAAGGUCGAUCUAAUCGCCCUCGAGCCUGAGCUUAAAAAAAUGUCAGAAAAUACGGAGAAGUUGAUGGAGAAGUUGGCGCUGGAACAAGUCGAUGCUGACGAGGUCAAAAGAAUCGUAAAAGAAGAAGAAUCGUUGGCGGAAAUGAAAGCCCGGGAGACCCAGGCCAUUGCCGAUGACGCACAAAAAGAUUUAAAUAAAGCACUUCCGGCUCUUGAUAACGCUAUAAAAGCACUGGAUGCACUGGACAAGGCAGACAUCUCAGAAAUUCGCGUCUACACAGUGCCGCCAGAACUCGUGCAGACCGUCAUGGAAGCAGUCUGUCUGCUGCUCAAUGUUAAGCCAGAUUGGUCGUGGGCCAAAGUGUUGCUCGGUGAUGCCAACUUCUUGAAGAGGUUGUACGAGUAUGAUAAGGACAGGAUACCUGACAGCCUCAUCAAGAAGUUGAAGAAGUACAUUGAUAACCCCAAGUUCACUCCUGAAGCCGUUGAGAAAGUUUCUAGGGUUGGCUGCCUGGCCGAAGCACAGCAAGAGUUGGACAUCGUCUUGAGGAACUUGAAAGAGAAGCAAGAAAAGCUACUGAAAGUGGAAGAAGAUAUAACGAGGCUGCAGAAAAUGUACGACGAUAGUGUCGCCAAGAAGUUGGCGCUCACAAAAAAUAUCGCACUGACACAGGCGAGGUUGAGGAGAGCGGGAAAGUUGACCACAGCCUUGGCUAGUGAGAAAACUAGAUGGGAUGAAUCCGUCGAGAAUAUGACGCUGGUGUCAGUGCUGGCAGACCCUUUCGAAGUCAGGCAGUGGAACACCCACGGCCUACCUAGAGAUAAGGCGAAUCGUUGGAUACGCAAUAAAGAGAGCACAAACAGCUUGAAAACAAUAAAGUCUAAUGAAGUCAAUUUCCUAAGGACUCUAGAGACGGCCAUUCGACUUGGUCUGCCGGUCCUCAUGGAAGAUGUCGGCGAGCACAUUGACCCGGCUCUGGACCCCAUAUUACUCAGGCAGACGGCCGUCAUCGGUGGCAGGUUGGUGAUGCACUUGGGUGACACGGACGUGGAGUACGAUAAGAACUUCCGGUUGUACAUAACGACAAAACUGCCGAACCCCCACUACAUGCCAGAGGUCUGCAUCAAGGUCACCAUCAUCAACUUCACCGUCACCUUUUCUGGCCUCGAAGAUCAGUUGCUAGGAGAUGUUGUAGGCCUAGAAAGGUUGGAUUUAGAAGAUCAAAGAAAUCAACUGAUCGUGAAGAUUAACACGGAUAGGAACCAGCUGAAGUCCAUCGAAGACAAAAUUUUGAAGUUGCUCGAGCGACUGACGGACGCCGAAGCUACUGAAGAAAAAAUAUCACUGAGUCGCGAGAAGUACAGAGUGGUGGCCACCAGAGGCUCGAUAAUGUACUUCGUAGUGGCCAACAUGGCUGAAGUUGAUAACAUGUACCAGUUCUCUUUAAAAUAUUUUAAAAAUCUGUUCUGUAACACGCUGUUAACGAGUGCUAAGAGUAAGGAUCUGGACGUGAGGUUGAGCAUCCUACUAAGAGGAACUUUACUCGAUGUCUAUAGGAAUGUUUCCAGGGGAUUAUUUGAGAAGGAUAAAUUAAUCUUCUCCUUCAUGCUGUGCAUUGAGAUAAUGCGAAACGCAGGCGAGAUCAGCAACGAGGAAUGGACUUAUUUUUUAAGGGGUGCGGGCCCUCUGAACUACAAACUGCCCAACAAGCCGAGGCUCGUGCCCAAGUUGGGCGACGCCACGUGGAAGGGUCUUUGCGACAUGAGCACCGUGUUACCUGUUUUCGAACAGCUUCUCGAGCACCUUAGAAACCCACCGAUAAGUUUGAGGCUCGGAGCUUACACGACGAAACUAGCCAGCAAACUGCUAGCGGCAGACGAUGAAAUGACGCCGGUUCAAUCUGGAAGUGAAGUUUCUAUGGAGGCUCAGUUCCCGGACGGAUUCACUUCUUUCCAGAAACUUCUCAUUCUCAAGUUAUUCAGACCCGAAGAGCUCGUGUUGGUGUGCAUGGAGUUCGUGAAGCAGAACUUGGGCCAGGCGUUCGUGGAGUCGCCUAUGACAGAUCUACCAGCCCUGUACAACGACUUGAGCAACAUAACGCCUCUCAUAUUCAUUCUCAGUCCUGGUUCAGACCCCAUGUCGGCUUUUUUGAGAUUUGUCAAGGAGAGAGAAUUUCAGGAUAGAAUGCAGGCAAUCUCGCUGGGUCAAGGUCAGGGUCCAGUGGCGAAGAGGUUACUGACGUCAUCAAUGAAAUAUGGUGAUUGGGUGUUUCUUCAGAACUGCCACCUAGCGGCUUCCUGGAUGCCGGAACUGGAGGAAACUGUCAAAAACAUGAUCAACAAACCUUCUGACGUCAACGACAACUUCCGGCUGUUUCUCAGCUCCAUGCCUACUACGUCAUUUCCGGUGGCCAUCUUGCAAAACAGUGUCAAGGUCACGAACGAACCACCCAAAGGGAUUAAAUCGAAUUUGAGGAAAGCGCUCGUUGAUAUGGGGGAAGAUUUUUUUGACGAACAUGCCCUUGGAUCGACGUGGAAGAAGAUGGUGUUUGGGAUCUGCUUCUUCCAUUCAGUCCUGCUGGAAAGAGGGAAAUUUGGUCCGCUGGGAUGGAAUAUUAAAUACGACUUCAACGAGUCGGACAGGGAGUGUGCCCUGCUGAACAUGCAGAUGUUCUGCCUCAACUCCAUUCCAUGGGACGCUCUCAUCUACCUGACCGCCGAGAUAAUAUACGGAGGUAGAGUAACCGACCAAUGGGAUCAGAGGUGCCUGAGGACCAUUCUUAAAAAAUUUUUCAACGCCGACGUAAUUGCCGAUGGCUACAAGUAUUCUGAAUCAGGUAUAUAUUACGCGCCAAGUCAGGGCGGCCUAUCGGAAUUUCUGGCUCACGUUGAGUCGUUGCCCAGCAUCGAUCCGCCAGAGAUAUUUGGCAUGCAUGAUAAUGCUAAUAUCGUCUUCCAGGAGCAAGAAACAUCAUCCCUCAUGGCAACGGUUUUAAGUUUGCAGCCGCGCUCUGGUUCGACUGCAAGCGCACAGCUGACCGAUCAGACAGUUCUGACGAUGGCCCAGGAGUACUUGGACAUCUUACCGCCCCGUAUGAACGCCAGCGAUGCCAAGCACGAGCUGAUGCAGUUGGAUGAUAAGGGCCGCACGAACUCGCUGACGACAGUCCUGUUGCAGGAAGUCGAGAGGUACAACAAGCUGCUGGAUGUCAUUGGGAGCUUGUCGUCCUGGUUCAAAGAUUUGGUCCACAGGUGCAGGUUCAUCUCUGAUUGGUUGGCUCGCGGGGAACCUCUUCUUUAUUGGAUUUCCGGUUUCUACUUUCCCCAAGGUUUUACCUGA